CAGAUGAAAUCAAUGUCUUCCAAGGGUCUAAAACAGCUAAAAUCUAGUAACAAGCAGCACAUUCAAUAAACACCAUGUCCCAUAAAGAAACUGACAAUGCGACGCUACGAUUAUAUGGCCCUGCAUAGGGACUUUGUUGACCCUGUAGAUGUUGAUCAUGUUCACUCAGGACCAAACUCUAUUGCCUCCACUGUAUCCUCUGCCUCAGAUUCUCAGGAUGAGUUUAAGGCUAAAUAUGAACGUCUCCAGGAAGCAUACAAAAGAUUACAAAGAAACAAUAUAUCACUAGAGGAGAAGUUGUUAAAUGUCGGGGAGAAGUUCAGCGCGGACAAGAACCUGAUUUCUAGAGAUCUAGCAACACAAACACAGAAGGUUGUAGAAGCUAAGUUUACGAUUCAGCAGUUGAACAAGGAGAAUACGCAGCUUAAAUCUGAUCUUAAGAUUGCAUUGACGUUGCUGCAGAAUAAACCGAAUACUUUUAUAAACCAGAAACUAGGCUCUCUACCCUCAGAUUUACAGUGCCGGGUUCGAGAAUAUUCUCGAGAUAAGGACCGUGAGAGGGUUCAAAGGAACGGAGGCCAGAGGAUCAGUGUUCAAAUACCUCAUAGUAGCUACGGAGCUCAAGAGGAAGAUGAUGAAGCUGUUUCUGCAGCAAUCCUUGCUAAGGUUUUGGAGCAGAGAGAACGCGAAAGGAGUAAAGAUAAGAAGUUCUGCAUUGAUAUUGGAACACAGACUCACGAAUGGAUAUUCCCCGACGCCUUGUCUACUGUCGAGGUUUCACGUAGAAAUCCAGACAAACCUGAGCACGAGGGACGAUCUGGGGCUGAGGAGGGACGAGUAGGGGAUGAGUGUGGACGAUUUGGGGGUGACGAAGGUCGCCAGUAUAUCGAAAAGUGCGGGGAAUCUGACGAGUCCGGGGAUAGCAGAGAUGGAACCAAAACAAGUUCUUCCAAAAGUCAGAGCUGGGAGUCAGACUUCGACUCUGAGAGUAGUGAGAUAAGGAGAUUAAACCAGAACUUAAACCAGAACCAUGUUAGUAAUAUACUACUCGCCUCAGCAAGGACGGAGACUAAAGAAGGUAUAGAGACUAGAGGAGGAAUGGAACAGGAGGAGAGGAGACCCAGGGAGAAAGAACAAAUAAUAAAUACUACCGUGGGAACUGUAAAUCAACAAAUAAAAAAUCGAGAAUCACAAUUAAGAUUAUCUGGUGAAACCGGUUUGUCUGACGAGAACUCGGAAAUAUAUCUGGCAAAUGUUUCUCCCUCUCCCAGAAGAACGUAUAUACUCUCUUCAGGAUCCAGCAGACAGUCAAAUUAUCCACGAUAUUCUGGAGAACAAGAAGGUUCUUCACAAAUAGAUGUUAGAGAGCCAAGGGAUAAUAGCGAACUGAGAGACCGUGCUCCUGUCCAAAUUGGCGGAAUUCAGAAAAUACGUAAGUCUGACACUCCGGAGACCGGUAUUUCUGGUUUACACAAUAGAAUCCAGGAACCCCUUAUUUCUGGCGGAAUAUCUGAACAUGGUUUCCAGGGUCGGGGCGGAGAGGAGUUAGAGAAGAUUAGAAGAUCGCACACUUUGGACCAUCUCUCCUUAGGAGAAAAUUACAAAGCACAAUCUCAGGCUGGUCCGCUACCACCCAGUAAUCCGGGCUCUCUUCUUAGUCUACCAACUUCCGCCUCCGGGGCGGAUAAUAUCAUUUCAUAUUUAGCCGGGUCCAUAUCCGGCUCCGCCACGGGUAGCAGGGCGGGAAGUAUUGGACAUCAAUCCAUUAAUCAAACUAAGUUUGGAACCAUGUCCCGGUCUGUGUCUUAUAGCUCCAAGCAAACUGACCUGUAAGUCUAAGCUGCUAGAACAGUAUUAGAUGAAACAUAUGUAAUGUAUGCAUUAUGCAAAUAACGAUCUGCUUAUUUAUCACCUAAUGGCCAAAUCUGCAACAAACGAACUUAUGUUAUUUUGUUAUCUUAUUUUUUAUUAUGCUGUUAUUCUUCCAAGCUUGUAAAUGUUAUUUGUUAGAGGUUACAUGUAGAUCUGUGUCUCAUUUAAAAUAGCACUAUAUAUGAUAUAUACAUCCGAUGCAAAGCAAAAAAAUUUAAUUGACUUAAUAGAAUUGAAAAGCUAAAAUAAAAACGAGAUUGCCAAAACUUAAAAUUAUUUUUAAAAGAAAAAAUUCGGAAUUAAUCUUUUAUUAUCUUAUUUUUCGCGACCAAAGAUGUUGUAUUGCAACUGUGCUAGUCAUUAGAAUGAAUGUAGAAUAUGUAUUUUGUACGCAGCUUAUUUUUGUUAGAAAUCAGUAUUAUUAACUCUUAACAUACGAUCUCAUCAUGUUCAAUAGUCUAGUCAUUUUCAGUGUUAAAUAUUACAUUUUAGCAUACUUUUGAAGUAUAUUUAUAAUACAAUUAACAUUAAUAUAUAAAAUAUAUAUUUAUGUACGUCGUGUAUGAAAGGCUAAAAGUUGUUCAAUACUUAUUUAUUUAUAAAUUUGUAGAAAACAUGUGCCUUUUAUGUAUUUAAAUCUUAAAUAACACUCUAA